UCAAAAACAGACAAUGGGAAGGGGCGGUGUUUUGAACAGCCACCCCCAUUUACCACUAUUUAAGUGUCGACCCGCAACCUGCUCGAUCAUUACAAACUGUAACGUGUCCAACGAGUAUAAACAAAGGACGUCUCUGUAGUUCAUAAAGCGAUACAAUAAUGCAGCGGAUUCUGGUGACUGUGCUCGUGGUGAGCGUGUGCGUGGUGCAGAGCCGGAGCGAGGGCGGCAACUUCAACGACGCUAUGCAGACGGACCCUGCGGCGGCCCAGAGGGACUUCAUCAACCACUUCGUGCGGCCCACGUCGGGCUCAUGCGAGAACCACUACCGCGAACUCGCCAGCUACCUGUUCGGCCUGGCGCAGGAGGCGCUCGACAGGUCGACCAAGCCGCAGAUGUGUGUCCGCAAACGCAACUCAGAGUUGAUCAAUUCUCUGCUCGGCCUGCCCAAAGUGAUGAACGAUGCCGGAAGAAAGUGAAGUUGACGGACUCUCUGCGUGUAUUUUACCGCUCGCCUGGACACAACCGCGUCUUUGGGAGCUGCUAAGGCUGAAUAAUAUGAAAAAAUAAUGUGUAUGCGAUUUGAAAUAUGAGCCAAUAAAACACACAAUUGGCUGCCACUUU